AUGGAUUGUGACGGCGAACAGGACCAGAGCGCCGGUGGCGAAGCAGGUAAACCUGGCGUCCAGGGGAUGAUCGCAGCCGCUCCGAAAGCAACGAAUACCGAACAAAGUACCGAAAGACCUGAGGCAGAGGCUAUGACUGAAGAAGAUGCCCUGAAAAGCUUAACAGGAACUGUAAGAGAUCAGGGCGACUUGGAACGAGACAUCACCAUUCAGGCGAGCGCAGCGUUGAUGGAAGCCGAGGACAAGAAAGAUCAGAAUCGUAUGGUCAAGCUAGAUGCUGCAAGACAGAGACUGCAGUCCCAACUGGACAAACAGAAGGGGCGCCUAGAAAGAGUUUUUGGCAAUCCCUAUCAGUCGCGCAAUGUACAAAAAGAGAUUGCAAAGCUGGAAGACGAACUUGGGCAAGUCACGAGCGACAUUGCAGAUUUCCAAGCGCGCAUUGAUAAACGACAUCAAGAAAACCAAUUAGACAUCGCCACCUCUACCAAGUCUAGGAGGCUUGCUGGUGAAAGCAACCGCGAGUAUCUUAUUCGAACAGGAAAAAUCACACCGUUUGCCAAGGUUAUAGGAGCCCGCCCGGAAGGAAUAACUGGUCAACUGGCCGAUACUAUAUUGGAAGCAGAAGAAGAGGCUGCCGCAGAAAAAUAUGAUCAAGAGGCGGAAGGCCCCACUUCACACCAGCAGCUACGGCGUCCAGGUUUCGUCGAUGAUGUCGUUGUAAACGAUCUUAAGCCAUCUGAAUCUACCGUAGAAAGUGAGUUCUCUCUGCGGCCAAGAAAGAGGAGGCGGACAGAACGGGAGCGCAGCCCGUCGGCAGAUUUCGAGCCAGAGUAUGUGUCAGGGUCAGAAUCUGCUGAUUCCACAGUUUGGCAACAGGGGAAUGAAGACGAUCUCAUUCGACAAGAAAAUCGCAAGCAGAGGGCCAAAGUUAAAGCACAAGAGCACGAGGAAAUUGACCUCAGCAAACUUGAUGACGGCAAUGAAGCACUUUACCAACGAAGAUUGAAAGAUUGGAUUUCGAGGAGGAGCAGAGCCAGGCGGGCCCGUCGGCAAAUCGCCGACACUGAGAAUAAUUUAGUCGAAAGUGACGAGGACGAGGACGGGGACGAGGAUGAAUGGCUGAAACAAUCACCAGACUAUCCCGAUCACUACGUUGAUGACGAACUCAAGUUACCUGGUGAUAUUCACCCAUCAUUAUUUGGCUACCAAAAAACUGGCGUCCAAUGGCUUGCAGAACUAUACAAACAAAGUGUUGGCGGCAUCAUUGGUGACGAAAUGGGCCUAGGUAAAACCGUACAGUUGAUUGCUUUCAUUGCUGCCCUGCAUCAUAGCAAUAUGCUCGAGCGUCCAGUCAUUGUGGUCGCGCCGGCUACCUUGUUGCGACAAUGGGUAAGCGAGUUCCAUCGCUGGUGGCCACCUUUGAGAGUAUCGAUUUUGCACUCAUCGGGAAGUGGCAUGAUGAAUCCUCGGUUCGAGGAUGACUACGACGUCGAACACUACCGUCCAGUUGCAAACAGAUCCCUGAAUGCGGCGAGGAGGAUAGUCGGAAGAGUCGUGGACAAAGGUCACGUUCUUGUCACAACCUACACAGGUCUACAGACCUAUGCCGAUGAGUUGCUACCAGUUGAAUGGGGCUAUGCCGUGCUCGACGAAGGGCACAAGAUUCGAAACCCCAACGCCGAGAUAACUGUUACUUGCAAGGAACUAAACACUCCAAACCGAGUGAUUCUGUCCGGCACACCUGUGCAAAAUAAUCUGACUGAGCUCUGGUCUUUGUUUGAUUUCAUAUACCCAAUGCGGCUGGGAACUUUGGUUAAUUUCCGCACACAAUUUGAAAUCCCCAUUCGACAGGGAGGCUACGCCAAUGCAUCAAACCUUCAAGUCAUGACGGCCGAAAAGUGCGCCGAAGCACUCAAAGAGACCAUCAGUGAAUACUUGCUUCAGCGGUUAAAGAUUGACGUAGCAGCGGAUUUGCCUGAAAAGACAGAACAGGUUUUAUUUUGCAAAUUGACCGAAGGGCAGCGUAAGGCGUACGAAACAUUUCUCAGUUCAGACGAAGUAUCAGCCAUUUUGAAUAGACGACGCCAAUCGCUGUACGGAAUUGACAUUCUGCGAAAAAUUUGCAACCACCCAGACCUGUUGGACAAGAGUCUCAGAAGCAAGGCUGGCUACAAUUUUGGAAGUCCAAAGCUCUCGGCCAAGUUGGAGCUCACCAAGGACCUGCUACAAAAGGUGAUGAUACCGAACGGCCACAAGACGUUGCUCUUCUCACAGGGCAAGUUGAUGCUCAACAUUAUCGAGAAAUGCAUGCGUGAAUGUAGUAUCAGCUAUCUACGUUUGGAUGGGGAAACACCCGUUGAUCAACGACAACCAAUGAUUGACAGAUUCAACACCGAUCCGUCCAUCCAUGUCUUUCUCAUGACAACCAGGACUGGUGGUUUGGGAACAAAUUUGACAGGCGCUGACCGCAUCAUCAUCUUUGAUCCUGAUUGGAAUCCGUCUACAGAUCUGCAAGCUCGGGAACGGGCUUGGAGGUUGGGGCAAAAAAAGCCAGUCAAGAUUUAUCGACUCAUGACGGAGGGUACCAUUGAAGAAAAAAUCUACCAUCGGCAAAUUUUCAAGCAAUUCAUGACCAACAAAGUGCUUAAAGAUCCCAAGCAGCGAAGCUCGUAUGACCUGUCUGACUUGUAUGACCUGUUUUCGUACAAUGCCGGUGAUCGGGCCGCUGCCGAACGAAGCGAAGUAUUCAAAGGAGCUGAGGUUGACAUAUCUGCCAAAACUGAAGUGGAAGCUGUUCAAAGGCAACGCUUGUCACUGAUCACUAGCGUUGGACUAAAGCACGGAGAUGUCGAGCAGGAUGAGCUUUCAAAGAUGAAUGUUGUUUCAGCCAUGGAGGACUUCAAAGAGGACGACUCUAUCCAUGACGAGAGACGAAUGUUGGAAGGCAUAUUCUCGCGAUCCGUGAACAGCGCUUAUGACCACGAGCAAAUUGUCAAUGGCCCACAGAAGGCGAAGGCAGAUGUCCGUGUGCUGCGUCAGGAAGCCAACAAUGUAGCUCGUGAAGCUGCUGCCCACUUGCGGCUUGCUGCUCAAGAGGCUCGCCGGGUACCAAUCGGCACAGUUACAUGGACCGGCGAAGUUGGAUCUGGAGGAAGACCGGGUGGGAGUCGCCGGCGCGGAGGCCCGAGUUCAGCCAGUAUUAUGAGCAACUUGGCGAAUCGACAGGGCUUGGAUGGCAGCAGUGCCGGUAGUUCCCGUUGUGGAACACCCGGCGCUGACAAGAAUUUGAAAGCUAAAGACUUUGUCGCAAUGAUCAAAGCUUUUAUAGAUAGACAGGGCGGACGAGUACCAAGCAAGAUGCUGGUGGAUCACUUCAAUCCUUACUGCCCAGGGAAAAAACAGAGUGACGAGUUCAAGGCUGCUCUUGAUCGAGUGGCAAUUUUGAACAAAGUAGGCGGUACAGGAAGAGGAAUGUGGUCUUUGAGGCCAAGAAUUGAGUAG